UCUUGCCAAUACUCCGUAGGACAAAGGAAGAGGAGUAUUAUUAAACUUAUCACCUCUGUCGAAGGGAGGUGAACUCUCUCGCUCUCAGCCAAAAAUGAGUGAGGUAUUCCAGAGAGCAGAACAGCAGCCGAAGGAGCAAAGUCUGAUUCAUAUAGAAGAAGUUGAAGCAACCAAUACAACAAAUGCUGUUCAUAUUCACCAGAAGAAGCGCGUUCAUUCUCUUGACAUUUUUAGAGGCUUCACUGUUGCUCUGAUGAUUUUGGUAGAUGAUGCUGGAGGAGAGUGGCCAAUGAUUGCACAUGCACCAUGGAACGGCUGCAACCUAGCUGAUUUUGUCAUGCCUUUCUUCUUGUUCAUUGUUGGCAUGGCAAUUCCUUUAGCUCUCAAGAGGGUGCCAGACCGUCUUAUGGCUAGCAGAAAAGUAAUCUUUAGGACUCUCAAACUUCUUUUUUGGGGAAUUCUCUUGCAAGGAGGGUACUCUCAUGCUCCUGACAAACUGACAUAUGGAGUUGACAUGAAAAGAAUAAGAUGGUGUGGAAUUCUCCAGAGAAUUGCUCUGUCGUAUCUGGUUGUAGCGUUGCUUGAGAUUGCAACUAAAUUCUCUCAAACCACAAAUCAAUUAUCUGAACGAUUCUCUGUGUUUAAGCUAUACUGCUGGCAGUGGGUGGUUGGAGCAUGUAUUCUUAUUAUUUACUUAUCCUUGCUCUACGGAGUAUAUGUCCCUGAUUGGCAAUUCACCGUGCAGAAUGCAGAGAGUCCAGAUUAUGGAAGGCAUUUCAAUGUCACGUGUGGUGUGAGAGGAACAUUAAAUCCUCCUUGUAAUGCAGUUGGAUAUGUCGAUAGAAAAUUGCUAGGGAUUAAUCAUGUGUAUCAACAUCCAGCUUGGAGGAGAUCUAAGGCUUGCACAGCAAACUCUCCUUACGAGGGGCCUCUUCUGGAGAAUGCUCCCUCCUGGUGUCAUGCACCAUUUGAGCCAGAAGGAAUUUUGAGCUCGAUAUCCGCCAUACUUUCAACAAUUAUUGGAGUUCAUUUUGGACAUGUGCUUAUUCAUGUUAAGGAUCACACUGGCAGGCUGAAGCAUUGGAUUCCAAUAGGUCUUGCUCUCCUUAUUUUAGGAUUGUUGCUUCAUUUCACCAAUGCAAUCCCUUUGAACAAGCAGCUUUACACCGUGAGCUAUGUUUGUGUGACAUCUGGUGCAGCGGCCUUUGUAUUCUCAGCCUUCUAUUUGCUGGUUGACAUUUUCGAUGUCAAAUUCGUGUUUCUUCCAUUCAAGUGGAUCGGCAUGAAUGCUAUGCUUGUCUACGUUAUGGCUGCUGCUGGCAUUUUUGCAGGAUUUAUAAAUGGGUGGUACUAUGAUGAUCCGCACAAUACACUGGUAUAUUGGAUUCAAAAGCAUAUUUUUGUUGGAGUUUGGCAUUCAAAGAGAGUUGGAAUCUUGUUAUAUGUGAUCUUUGCAGAAAUCCUGUUUUGGGCUGUUGUUUCCGGCAUUCUGCACCGACUCAAGAUAUACUGGAAGCUCUAGUUCUGGCAUUCCUGCGCCUUUGUAUUAUUGUACAGUCUUCCUUUAUGUUUGUUACAUACAGUUGAAAACGAUAGACAAAGUUGUGUACAAGGUUUCUAUUUUGGUAAACUUUGUAAUGUUAAUAAAUUUGUUCA